AUGGAAGCUGAGGAAGACUUCCCUCGUUCAAGCGAGGUGGUGCUGCAGCCGCUAGGGGAGCCCAGGCGGCGCAGUCGUGCCGCGGCUCAGCAGGCUCAGGCGCCCAGCCUCUUCGCGCGGCCGCAGCCGAAACGCUCGGCGAAGCUAGCCGAUCAGCGGGGCCGGCUGCCCACACUCGAAAGCCUCGAAGCCGGGUCGUUGGUACUCGGCAGCGUAGCCGUCGUGGCGCCCACCGGGCUACGGAUCCACCUCCCCGGCGGACUCAGCGGAUUCGUGCGCUCUUCGGACGUUGUAGACGGUGCGCAGGCGGCCAAAAGCCGGCCGGACCACGUCACCCAGGGCUCAUUCAGCGUAGGCUCCCACGUGGUAUGCUCCGUGCUGGAGGUGAAGAACGGGUUCGCGUACCUCAGUAUGCGGCCUUCUGUCAUCAACAAGGGGCUAUCUCUGGCCACGAUUACGCCGGGGAUGCUGCUGCCAGCCUCUCUGGUGGCCCACGAAGACCACGGAAUCCUGCUCUCCUUCAACCUGGCGGGAGCGGACGACGUCCGGGGCUUCGCCAAGUACGACGAUGAGCAGACGGCAGGUACACCCGCCGCUGCUAGUGAGGAUGUUGACGCCGAUGAUGAUGCGAAGGAUGCUGCAGCAGAGGAUGCCAAAUCAGGCAAGGGUGUUGAGGCCAGCGGAGGUAAACAAGCUGCCAAGACCAAUGGUGGUAAACAAGCUGCCAAAAAGGGGCGCAGUUUCGAUUCGUUGCGCAGCUUGCCGCUGGGUUCGACCGUGUACGUGGUCGUCGACUCCGUCAACGUCGCGCGCAAACUGGUAUCGUGCAAGUGGCCGUGGCAGUGCGAUGUGCCGGUAUCCACGGAUUGCCAGCUACCCAUACUCUGCGUGCGACCAGGCCUGCUGCUGGUGGGCGAGAUAUCGGAUAUACACUAUCCAGCGUCCGCACUCAGCGGCAACGCGGAGUUCAAGGUGAACUACGGUUUCGACGUCAAGUGCCUCAACGGCCUGACUGCGACAGUGCCGGCGGUUCACUCAGUGGUGAGCUAUUCGCCACGGCGCCCUGAAGACAACACGGAUGACGGGGAAAUGGAAUCCGAUGAUGAAAAGGAGGCCGACGUUGAUGCGUCCACUGCGGACGGUAAAUCGAAGGUGAAACGGAAGUCGAAGACGUAUGCGCUUCCAGGUGCGGAAUCGGAUUCGCCGUUGGGCUUAGAGGACCACGUUGUAGGACGCGUUUUGUACGUCAAUCACUGGCAGAAGACGGUGUACGUGUCGCUGCUUUCCGACAUAGUCAACUGGAAGGGCCCGAAGGGUCACCCUCACCAGCUGAUUUAUAGCGGGCGCAAGACGUACGGCAAGGUGCUGAGAAGCAUCCCCGGACACGGUGUCGUAUUUGCGCUGUGCAGGGUGAGGAACGACGGGCAGCUGGCUCGGAAAGGUGGGCCCGAGGCACUGAAUUACACGUAUGGUGAUCUCGGAUACUGCGACCCGUCGAAUCUGUGUGACGAAGGUAAAGACGAUUCUGACAAGUCAAUGGGCGCGAAGGGGACUUCAGCCCCUCAAAUCGCCCUGGCAUUCAGCUCUGGUAGCGUGCACGCUGCGGCCGAGCUGGAAUUCGACUACCUGACGCGUUUUGUCCGUGUUAGCAUGCGCGAGUCACUGCUCACCGAAACCGCGUUGUCGCCGUUUCAGCUGCGGGGUGGCACGUCGGUGAAGGGCGUGAUAACCAAGGUGUCGAACUCCGGGGUCAGUGUCCGGCUGUCGAAGCUGGUCCACGGAAAGGUCCAGCUGGAGCACCUCACGGAUGUCCCGUUACCGCACGUGCCGGAUAACAUGGUUGUAGGCGGCACUUUGAAGUUGCGGGUGUUGCGGUAUGACCACGUUCACAGCGUAUUGCUGCUUACGGCGAAGCGCAGCAUGCGCAAGGAUCCCGCCCCUUUAACGUCGUUCCAGCAGACGGCUGUGGGCAAGGAGUUUCUGGGUUACAUUUGGCGAGUUAAACGCACGGGCGAAAAGGACUCGAAGGCAAAGGAUAAGGUCGACGAGACAGUGUAUGUCAGAUUCUACAACGAGCUGCAGACAACACUGGAUCAGAGCGAGUUGCGCGAAGCGGAGCUACAAGGGCUGGACAUGAGCCACGGAGCCCUCGUUAGAGCUGUGGUCACGCGGGCUGAUGCCCGCCGACGCGCCUUUUACGUGACGGUAAGGCACGACAAGAUGGCCUCGCUUAAGGCGCUCGCUCGCGCCCGCUCCAAGCGCCAGCGUGAGAUUCGACGCGCAGAAUGCAAGAAGGUAUUCACCAACUACGUGAGCUCGCGCAAACGUAGAAAGGCGGAGGCCUGA